AUGGAAAAGUUUAAAUAUCCACAUUAUGGAGACAACAUUGAAGAUUGUUUACAACAAGAAUUUAACAAAUGGAAUAUUACGAAUAAGCUUUUGAGUGGUACAACAGAUAAUGAUUCAGCAAUGGUAAAAGCAAUGCGCCAGUUACAAGUAAUACAUAUACGUUGUAUUGCUCAUACAAUGCAAUUAGCUAUUAAGGAUGAACUUAAGCAAAGCAAAGAAUUAAUUGAAAAAGCUAAAAAUUUAAAUAGUUUUAUUGCAAAUCGGGAUAAAUAUCGGGAUUUACUUAAGCAAACAUAUCAAGAAAUUAAUUUUCAAUCAAACGAGCUUUCAGUAUACAAUCCUAUUACAACUGAUACUGAUACACGAUGGAAUAAUUCAAACCGAGCAAUUCGAAAUGAUGGUGAACUCUUGGAACAAAAAUUACUUACUAAUUCAGAUUGGCAAGCACUCGAAGAAUUAAUAAUUAUAUUACGUCCAUUUGUUGAUGCUACAAAUUUAAUGUCAGGAAGUACAUAUUCAACAUUAUCACUUUG